CCGCGUUUCGUCAUUUUAAUGGUUAGGAUCUGAAGGCAUCCAUUAUUCUUCUUUGAUCUGGCAUCAAAACGCGAUCGGUAGUGAAAAUCUAACUUUGUCAGAUUUUUCGUUUGUUCUCGUUUUUAAUGAGAAUGUUUUAAUCGAUUUAUCAUUAAAUUUUUGCAUUUCCUCGUUCAUUUUCCAUCGAUACUAAUACAUUAUGUAUAUUGAUAUAUGAUUAUAAAAGAACACAAGAGUUAUUACAUACUAAAAAUGUAUUGAACAACUUUUUCAUUCUUUCCAGCAAAAGCACUGCCAUAAUUUAAGUUAAAGUACAUUAUGUCUUAUCCUGGACAACCACCCAUGGGGAUACCAGGCAUGCCUCCCAUGCCAUAUAUGGUUGGUGCUCCACCACCUAUUAUUGGUGGUGUAAUGUCUAUGGCUCAUAUGAUUCCAACACCCGUAUCUGCGAUGCAGACCUCAGCACCAGCCGUACGUUACGCACGCAAUCAAAAUCGACACGAUAAUAAUCGUCGUCGCGAGAGAGAAUCUGGACCACCAGUAACAGUUUUUAUUGGCAAUAUAAUGGAUAGAGCGCCCGAUGUAAUGAUACGACAUAUUUUGGGGGCCUGCGGCCAUGUUCUGUCAUGGAAAAGGGUACAAGCUUUUGGAUUUUGUGAAUAUGCUGGUCCAGAUGCAGGAUUAAGAGCAGUAAGAUUGUUACAUGAUAUGGAAAUAGGCACAAAGAAGCUUGUUGUUAAAGUGGACGCUAAAGCUAAAGUGGUACUGGAUCAAUUUAAAGCAGAGAGACGGAAGAAACUUAGAGGAGGUCAGUCACCUUUACAAGAUGAAACACCAACUGAAGGUAUAGAGGGAGAGGAAGGUGAAGAUUACAUGGAUGAAGGAAUGAGAGUGGUAGAUGCAGAUGCAUUAGCACGUAUUAAUCAAAUUAUUGCUGAACAUGCAGCAGACUUAGAAAUGGCUCAAGUUGCGCCAGAAGAACAUCAAACCAAAAUGGUCGCCAAGUCUUUAAAUUUGGAUGAUGCAGAAAUUGAAGAGAGUAAAAGAGAUUUGAUAACUCGAGAAAUCGGCAAAUUCCGGGAAGUAAUGAAGAAGCAGGAAGAGGAGAAGGCCCAAGUAAAACGUAAAAAAGAGGCUGUCGAAAAGGAGGAACGAGAGAAACGCGAAAAGGAACGGAGAGAUAGACGAGAGGAGGAUGGAGCUAACAAGGAUGAUCAGGAAGGCGAGCCUGGUAGUAGCCCUACGUCUCACAAAGGACGAAGUAGUAGUACAGGUAGCAGUAGAAGAGAUAAGCGUCGUUCUAAAUCCAGAUCAAAAGAACGCGAGAGAGAUCGGCAAAGGAGCGAGAGGGAUCGUGAUAGGGACAGAGAUCGCGAGAGAGAUCGCGAGAGGGAUCGAGAGAGGGAUCGCGACCGUGAGAGAGAACGAGAGAGAGAGAGGGAGAGGGAUAGGGAGAGGGAGAGAGACAGAGAGAGGGAGAGAGAAAGGGAAAGGGAGGAGGCACGAAAAACAGAAAGAGAAAUAAUGAGAGAAAGGGAGGAAGAGGAGGAGGCUAAGGAGAGGAAGAAAAAUGAGAGGAGAGCUAGGGAAAAGGAGGCGGCUUAUCAGGAACGUUUGCGAGCGUGGGAAACUCGGGAACGUCGUAAACAAAAGGAAUACGAAAAGGAGGCAGAAAAGCGUAGGGCGAAGCGAGAGGCGAGAGAACGCGAGGCAAAAAGAUUGAAGGAAUUUUUGGAAGAUUACGACGAUGAUCGCGACGACGCAAAGUAUUACAAGGGUAAGGAAUUGUCUCGACGUUUGGAGGAACGUGCUUUGGAAGCCGAAGCUGAUUCGAGAGAUCGCUGUGCCGAAAGACAGGAGUUGCAACGACUACGCGAUAAACUUUAUGCCGAUGCCUCGCAUCCCGAUCCUGCUGCUGAAUUCGAAAGGCUAAAAGCAGAGAGGGAAGAACAGUAUAAGCCUAAACCAGUGAUUACUAUUAUCGACGAGGAGGAUGAAAAGAUUGUGAAGAAAGAGAAGGAAGUAGUAAUGCCACCUAUAGAAACCGAGCCAAUCGAAAGUGACAGCGACGACGGCGUCCAGUUCGAUGAUGCGUCUCAACCAGAGGUACCUUCCAGGACACCUCCGCGUCAUCAUCAUCAUCAUCGUAGGCAUCAUCGUCAUCAUCAGAAUCAUCAUCGCGAUGGCGGCGAAGAGAACGAGGAAAUCGUCGUCGAGGCCGAUCGCGAGAAUCAGAAGGAUACUAGGUCCUCGCCGAUACAUCAAUCGGUCGGUAACCCAGUCCAAUCGAUUCCGCCUUCGUUGGACGAGGAUUCGCGUAUGUCACUCGUCAGCGAGCCGGAAAAAACAAGCGGCAGUAAUUUUGUUCCUUUCGCGAUGGGAAGCGGUGGUACUCGGGGAGAACAUACCGUUGGUAACAAAACUCCCGCUAGUCCUGGUACAGCCGUUAAUACGAAUUCUCAACAGGCUAAUCAGACUAGAAAAAAAGGUCGCAUCGAUGUGAAGGACGUUUUUAAUAAUGACGAUGACGAUGACGGUACUAAUAAUGCGAAGAAACGGAAAUUAGUUCCUCUAGAUUAUGGCGAUGAGAAAAAGAAAAAGGCAAACGAGGAGACUCCGAAGCCUGGUAAAGAAGAAAGUACAAAAAGUCAAGAAGAAAAACGAAAACAUAUAAAGUCUCUCAUCGAUAAAAUUCCUACUGAUAAGAACGCGCUCUUCGGAUAUCAGCUCGAUUGGGCGGUAAUAGAUAAUACAUUAAUGGAAAAGAGAAUAAGACCGUGGAUUAAUAAAAAGAUCAUUGAAUACAUCGGAGAACCGGAACCUACUUUGGUCGAUUUUAUAUGCAGCAAAGUUAUGGCUGGUAGUUCUCCUCAAGGUAUACUGGAUGAUGUACAAAUGGUAUUAGACGAAGAAGCCGAAGUGUUUGUAGUUAAAAUGUGGAGGUUAUUAAUUUACGAAGUAGAGGCGAAAAAGAUGGGUUUAGUUAAAUAAAUGAUGUAACAUCUACAACGUUACUCGAUUUACGAUUUAUAUUAUACAUAAAAUACCUUUGAUUACAGUAUAAUCUGUAGGCUGCGAAUCCUACGCACGUUACUAAUGUAUCAUUUGUAGGAGUCUACGCUAGACAAGAAAAAAACGACGUGUUGCUUAAUUAAAUAGGCGAGAUCUACGUUUGUAGAAGUUAUAUUGUUAAAUACAACUUGUAAUUACGAUUUGUAAAUUUUGAGUUCUCUUCAAGUUUGCUUUGUCAAUCGAUCAUCAAAAAUUGAAAGGUAAGUAUUCUUCGCCGUGAAAAAUUUUUAAUAUUGUAUAUUCGUCUUCGUAGUCAUUGAACAAAUAUUUACAAGAGAAAAAAAAAAGAUAUUUGAUAAUAAUAACGCAAUUAAUCCAUAGAAAUAAAUAGAGGAUCUACUCUUAUAAUAUAUUUAAUAUAAUUUGUCCGUGCCAUGUGGGCAUUACGUAUAACAUGUAUACAAUGUAGAUAUAUAUGUAUAUAUAUCUUUUAUAAAUUUUUAAAAUACGCAUACGAAAUGGAAUUAAUCGUAUAUAUCAAAUUAAAUAUAUACGUUUAUGAAGUAAAAGUUCAUUCGAAUUCGAUAAAAGACGAGAAUCAAUCGUUCAAAUAUUUACAUACGAAUUCAGUCAAUGACAAAUGCGCGUAUACUUACAAAGAAAUUUUUUUCAUCAUUGAUACGAUUUUCACGUGUCUACUCUACUACAUAAUAAUGUGCAUAAUAGACAUAGAACUUCAUCAAUAAAAUUUCCAUCUACGAAGCAGCGAUAUCGAUCAAGGAAAUCGUUCUAUUAUCGCACAACUACGUACAUACAUACAUACAUACAUACAUACAUACAUACAUACAACGUACAUAGAAAUUAAAAACUAAAGAUCGGAGAUUGGUCGUCGUCCAAAUAAUUUUUAUCCACGCACAAGUUCGUCAAAUGUAAAUAAAGGAAAGGAAGUUUGAAUAAAAUCAAUUUUACAUUA